AUAGCAAGUCAUAGAUCUAAUUAAUUAUAGAUAACCUGCCAUUUUUGCCACGCUUCUCUCUGCAGUCGCUUGCUCUUCGUUGCUCGCUGUUGGUUAUCAAAAAGACUCAUCUCAGCCGCAGAUCCUGGUACAGCGAGGAAGAAGGAAAGCCUGCUUAUCUCUCAAAGUGUCGAGCAAUUCAAAAAAGCUCACACAAUGAGAAUUAUUUAUUUAUUGUCAUUGCUGGCGUCAGCCAGUAUACAGUCAACCAAUGCUCAGUUUGAUUUUCCUGACUGUUUCCCUGGGCAGACUCAAUUCAAUAGUACUAUUGUAACGUCUGAUUAUGUAACUGGAUAUCCUCUUGUGUGUGCCAAUGGGACUUUUGCUCCAGUCUGUAAUGGUGCAUCUGUUGGAUAUGUGGGAACAGUAAUACUCUGUUCUCAAUUCAAUAUCACUUCUGGAUAUGUUGGUACUCCUCCUAAUGUUACUUUAGCUCCACUCAACGAGAACGACAUCAGUUAUACUGUCACUGAUUUAAAUUGUGACUAUUUAACAGGUUGCUCUAAUCCCAUGUUUUCUGGGGAUGAUUGCACCAAUGGAUAUCUGUCUUUCACUUGUCCUUUAUCUCUUUGUGAUGGUCCUGAGUUUAGUCUGUACAACAAUGAGACCACGUAUAUAAAUGGGACUGAAGUUGUCACUGGUAUCUUUGGGAUAUGUCAAGAUGGAGUACUGAUUGGAUAUUGUGAUGACGGGAGUAUAUUUGAUGGUGCAGCCCAGUUGUUGUGCAAUGGGCUCGGAUAUUUAAAUGGAGAACAGGUUGCUUCAAACUCAAGACUACCACUUGGUGCUGCUUACCUGACAAAUUUCAUGUGCAUUUCCACUCCGUAUGGUCCUUCUAAUUGUACUGAGGGUAUGCUAGCCACUAAUCCAGCCUGUUACAAUGGAUCAUUGGAUUAUACUCUACGCUGUUCUGUUAGACGUGCAAGUUGUGAUGGAUAUAAUGUCGCAUUGAAUUACAAUACAACCAGUAUAGUCAAUGGGACUGAAUACAUAACUGGUGUACCCACUCAGUGUAAUGAUGGAUAUAUUGAUGCUUUGUGCAAUGAUGGGUCUAUUACUCAAGAUACAACUGAUUUCUUGUGCCAGUCUAUUGGAUAUUUAACUGGUCAACUAUUGAUGGUUAAUUCUACACAGUAUGGGACACUACCUCAAGGAACUGCCUACUACACUAACUUCACUUGUCCAGCUAAUGCUCUUAGUCUUGAUGAUUGUGGAGCUAUAUUAGUACAAUGUCCUUCUGCUGGUAGCUCAAUGGAAGUUGUCUUACAAUGCAGCAGGCCAUACUCUGUAUGUGAAGAUGGUGCUGUCAGAUUUAUUGAUGGCAGUUCUGGUAGCUAUGAUUCAUAUGAUACACGUACUGAAACCCUGAGUGGUAGCCUUCAGAUAUGUGUUAAUGGAGAGUAUAGAUAUGUGUGUGGGCUCAGUAAUGCUUCAUUCAAUGCAUCUGAUAUUGUGGCUGCUGCUUGUAUUCAAUUGGGAUAUGUCAAUUCUUCCAGUAGCUACACUAAUCAGUAUUUCUAUCCAAGUUCUAAUCCAGUGAUAGAGAGUAUAUCAUGUCCAUACAAUGGAUCUCACUUUUCUCUGUGUUCCAUUAACACUACAACUGAUCCUAACUCCUGCUAUGAUUAUGAUCGUGUGUUAGGUGGUACUUGCAACAGAAUUACUCCAGCCUGUACUAGGUUAUUCCAGAUGGCUGAUCGUGGUACCUUUAAUUAUAUUAAUGGUACUUAUGUUGCAACAGGACGUAUUGAGGCUUGUGUUAAUAAUGUUUAUUAUCCUGUGUGUACCAAUGGUCUUAAUAAUACACUAUCAUCACCACCUCCUACCUACUAUCAAUUGGAUGGUGUUUGCAAUAAUGUAUUUUACAGCGGUAAGAUUUGA